AUGGCGAAUGUUGAGCGAGAAGACAACAUGUUGAACGAAGAACAAGAAUCGUCUCAAUCCAACAGUAGUAACGGCUCGAGUAGUGUUGUGCAACCGUCCAGCUUCCAGCUAAAAUCAAGCGUCCUUAGACAGUCCACCUUUGGUGGAUCAUCGUUUCUCGGUGGUGGCGGCGGAUCCUCUUCGAGUAACAGCAUAUCAUCAUCACCAUCGCUUUCCGGAUCGGUCGGAGGCAGUGGAAGCUUAGGGAACAGUUUCAAUCUAAAGCCUAGUGUGUUGAAGCCCUCACAGCUCAGUUUUGGAGGAAUUGGAAGCGUUAAAGAAGGUAACGGGGCUGCGGAUAAGAAUGGAAGUGAUUCUGCUGCUACCGGCGCCACAAACCCAUUCCUGAAAACGCAGUUCAGUGAAGAAGACCCAUCGGAGGUCGAUUCAAAAGACAGCACGGCGGAAACCAAAAGGGACGAAAAGGAUGGUGAUGCUGGUAUGAACAGCAACAAUAUUGAUCCCUUGGUAAAACUGAAGAAUGCGUCUCUGCCAAAAUCAAAUCUGUUCGCAAACGUAAACAAAACGGCCCUUAGUGAGGCCUCUUGUGGUUUCGUGUUCGGUCAGAACGUGCAUGAACGUGUGACGGGCGAAAAUCUGAAUAACGCCGGAACCAAUACCUUACCGACGACUGGGUUUUCGUUCGCCACAAGCGGCGCCGCAGCGGCUGCCGAUGGAAACACAGGCGGAACUGGCAGCGUAGCAUCGUCAGCACCUGCAGCUACUGGCGGUACAGCUGGUAAGGAUGGUUCGGAUUCAUCUGAUGGCAGUAGCCGGGAGCCAAAAGAUCGAGAGAGUUUAGAGGAGGCCGCCCGUCGGUAUGAAGAAAGCCGGGGAGCUUUGAAGCGUAAAUAUGAGGAGGUUGAAACCAUUACUGGCGAAGAGGACGAGCACAACGUAGUCGAGAUAAAUUGCAAGCUGUUUGCGUUCGCGAAAUCGAACUGGGAAGAGCGCGGUCAUGGCACGUUGAGACUUAACGACAAAGACAACAACGAAUCUCGUGUCGUGUUUCGACAGUCAGGCAAUCUUCGUGUUUUAAUAAACACCAAGGUAUGGUCUGGUAUGGUUGCUCAACAACCAAGUCAAAAAAGUUUACGCCUAACAGCCAUAGACAGCACCGGACAGAUCAAAGUGUUUCUUGUAAUGUCUCGCCCGGAGGUCAUUACGAAGCUCCACAGGGAACUUUCGAAGCGCAUUGAAACUGCAAAGCAAACGGCGGAGCUGGAAUCAGCAAAGGAGAAUAAAACUGAUAAUAAAACCAACAUCGACGCUUCCAGCAUAGAUACUGACGCUGGGAUUGAUGAUGGUUCCACAAUUCCUGUCCCAGUCGACACGGAUAAUCUGGUUACCAGCGCUCUUGAAACCGCCGAAACCGAUGAACCUAGUUCAAAGAAAUGCGCCAUCAUAACGGCUCCACCGUCCUCUUAAUUGGUUGGACGUCUGAACUCCUUAACGCCAUCUGACCGCUUUUUCCCUUACUUCCAGAUGCUAUCAGUUUUUACUCAUCUUUGAACGAUUCCUUAAUACAAAAAUGACAGGGGAAGUUUUUCCUUGCAAAUGUUUUAUUCGUCCGCUACAGCAUUCGCGUAGGACGAAUAGAACCAAUUGGAUUCCAAUCUAAAUAAAACAGACAGGUAUCAGAUAAAUAAUCGCGAUGUAAAAUGAAUGAAAUCAAUUAUUAAGGCAAGAACUUAACAAAAAACAACCUUAUACGUGGUCAGCAUCGAAAAGUCUAAUUCAAUCCAACUGUACUGAUAAUGAGCUGAAGUAAGGUUUAGAGCGCGUGGAUUUUUGAUUUUUUUUGAAAAAAUGAUAUUUGUUAAGCAAAUAAGGUGAACAACAAACUGCACUAAUAGAUACGAUAUGCACGAAAGAGAAACAAAAUACGAUUCCUGUGGUAAUAUUUUGGAUAAAGUAACAAUUUGUUUUAGUUCCUCGUGUACAAUGGAUUGUUUUUAAUAUAUUCCUGUCAUAAAACCAUACAAAACGUCCUAGUGUAAAACAUUGUAUCCUCUUAUCCCGGAUACAUCCGCGGUGUUGAGGUAUUGAUGAACAAGGUUAAUGGAAAGCUAUGUAAAUCAUAGUGGUAGAUCGGAUCGGAGUUAAAGCUCUAGCAGAAAAUGAAGAGGUACAGCGUAAGAAAAAAAAAACAAACGAUAUGUGUAAAGAAAAGGAUGUUAGCAAUGAAUAUAACAGCGCGUUUUUUUUACCGCCCAUGUGUUCAUCUGCGCGGUAGCACGGCGCUGUAGCUCGCCGGUCGCCAUGCGAAGGAAAUGGGUUUGCUCAUGAAGCACAAUUAGGUGGCGUUAUUGAUGCAACAGGGUUGUAUGUUUCUGUGUUUGAUUACGCAUUUGUUCAAUGCUUCUGCAGGAAAAUGGUCGAAAUGCAGGUAAAAUGUUUGAAGGUCUUAAUCGUUGUAAAGAUAAAGAAAUUGGAUAGCAAAUAGUUGUGGCAUAGAGAUGAAAUCCUGCACAAUCAUUCUUCUGUUUGAUUCACCGUUAGUUUGCUACAAACCUUUGGGAAUGUAUGAUUGAUUUGGAUGCAAAAAUAAUAUAACCAUUAAAGACGACGUACUGAUUUCUGUAAUAAGGUCCGUAGACGAAGAAAGGAAAAAAAGAGUUAAUUCAAAAGUAAUAAAGCAACCUGAAACACGUAAAGCGAAUGACUCAUUGCGUAA